AUGUCUUUUUCUUCUUUCCCCCUUCAGAUCACGACGGUUGUCUUGGGAGAGCAGGCUCUGACAGGAAUGAGAAGGCUCAGGAUGCCCAGCUGCCUGCUAAAACUGACCAGGGUGGUGCUGAGCCACAAGCUCAGGGCUCUGUUUAUCCUCGCCUUUAAGUUCAUGUCCUUUGCCUCCAUCAUGUUGUACUGGAGAAUCACGAAGGACACUAAGGGCAGAGGCCAGGUCUACAGCUUGCCUGUUGAAAUCCGCUGUGCUCACUCUGUGCCUUCUCCCCUUGCUGUUGCUGGUGGCUCCCCUCCUUCCCCAGGGGAUGUGUUUUUUGUGGAGACCUCGGAGCGGACGAACCCGAGUUACCUCUUCGCGUGCUCUGUGGAGUCAGCGGCCCGGGCACACCCUGGGACAAGGGUCGUGGUGCUCAUGAAAGGUUUGGCAAAUGGUAACACCUCGCUACCCAACCACUGGGCCUUCUCCUUGCUGAGCUGCUUCCCCAACGUGGAAGUCCGGCCCCUGGACUUGCGGGAGCUUUUCUCUGGAACACCUCUAGCAAAGUGGUACCUGCAGGCUCAGCAGCGCUGGGAGCCUUAUUUCUUACCUGUCCUGUCCGACGCCUGCAGAAUUGCCAUCAUGUGGAAAUUUGGUGGCAUCUACCUGGACACAGACUUCAUUGUGCUCAAGAACUUAAAGAACCUCACCAAUGUGCUUGGUACCCAGUCCAAGUACGUACUGAACGGGGCCUUUCUGUCCUUUAAGCCCAAACACAAGUUCAUGGAGCUCUGCAUGAAGGACUUUGUGGAGAACUACAACAGCUGGAUCUGGGGCCACCAGGGCCCACAGCUCCUAACACGUGUCUUCAAGAAGUGGUGCUCCAUCAGGAGCCUUCGGAGCAGCACGAGCUGCAAAGGAGUGAGUGCUCUGCCCCGUGAGGCUUUUUAUCCCAUUCGGUGGCAGGACUGGAAGAAAUACUUUGAAGUGGUCAGCUCCUCAGAGCUUCACCACCUCUUUAAUAACACCUACGCAGUGCACGUGUGGAACAAGAAGAGCCAAGGUACAAGGCUAGAGAUCACGUCGCAGGCUUUGCUGGCUCAGCUGCAUUCUCACUUCUGCCCUGCCACUUACGAUUUCAUGAAGAAGGACUCUGAACGGCAGUGACUGGAGGGUCAGCUAAGAGAUGUUGCCCAGGAGCCCACAACUCUCCAGCCAUUCCAUCACAAGUGAACCUUCUUUUGAAGUGAAGUGGUGAGAGUUGAAGAUAAACCCCUUUGUGGGGUGUAGGUGGAGACUGUAGCUUCAGCCAAGGUCUGUGCAGCUCUUUGUCUUGACUUUGCCUACCAGCAACACCCUGUUUCUCUGCAGGACCCUCCUCUGCUCUGCUUGGUCAGGCAGAGAAAUCUCAGGAGGGGAGCAGGGGCUGGGCUGCUUGUGGCAGCCUCCAUCAGCCUUGCAGAGGAGUGAGGCCCUUUUCUACGACUGUAAACCUGGAAGAGGCCUUUAUAGAAAUGCGUAUCCCAUUGCCUGAUCUGGAGGACUUCUGAAGUGCAGUCCGCAAAGCAGUGAGAGGAUGGGAGAACAAGGAACAGGAACUGAGGAGGAAGUUAAGGAUGUGCUAGACAAGGUGUCCUGAGAAAAAUGUAGAGGAAAACAGAGUAGAAAGAAGGGGCUAAAGCGACUUAUUUGUCUUUUCAUUCCCUCCUCUUCAGAAGCCUUUGGUGGAGGGGACUUCCUCAUGUCUGGUUUGAGCAGGAGGCAGGAUGCUGCAGUCUGUUUGAUGUCAUAGACCAUAGAAAACAUGGAAAUAUGGUGUGAAUCAGAACAUGAGCACCUGAGGCCAGCUCAUCAUUUAGGAGUUCUGGUGCAGCAAUGAUUUAUUUUGUAGUAGUGGCAAAUUAACACCCUGCAAUGAGCAGGAGAGCUCAUCCAAAUCACACCUUAAAUUGCACCUGAUGCAGGAAAAGCUUGUGUCUUUUACACUGGGUUUGUCUCUAACAAAAUUUCCAUUAAUUGUGUCUAAGAUGCACCAGCUCUUUCAGCACUUGGAUGGAUCCUAAAGGAAUGAUAUUUCCAAGUAUUUCAAGGGUUAGAGAGCUUGGUAGGGAAUGUGUACUGUCUAAAUUUAAGUCCAUUUAUGAGUCAUUUGUGGUGGACCUCUUCAAGUAGCCUGGAGUACUCCUGUAAUUCACUGUUCAGGAGUACAAAUCUCUCCUGGGAAGUCUUGAGGAGGACAGUGGAAAACUUUACUCUUCUCCCUGAGCAUCUUCCUGAAUUGCAGUGGAGAAUAUUAAUGUAUCUCUCACAAGGUGCUGUUGUGCCUCUGAGGGUUCCCACCACAGAGACGAGUUUGUUGGACAAACUGCUGGAGAAAACUUGUCCCUUGCCUUGAUAGCCAAAAGGACGUGUUGAUGCUCUUACAGUUCUUGUCAGAAAGUAAUGAAGAGAGAGCAGUGAGAAACAAGAAUAAGGCCAAGACCAUCAGCAUCAUUCCAUCUGGUCCCCACCACGUUCCAAAGGGGAUUGCUGAGGCAGUGAGCUUGGCGCUGUGAUAGGGGUAAUGCAGAUGAGGGGAUGGCCAGUGCUCUGCUCUCCUACACUACUAAGAUUAUGGUCUCAUUGUAAAAUCUUUCCUGCCUCCCAUGUGCCUCCGUUUCUUAUGCCUAGGAACAGCAGUGGGGUGGUCCAGUGACCCCUCUGAUGACCAUGAGUCAGUCAGAUCUUCAGUGUCACCUGGCCCCAAAGCGACAGCUCCUUCACGUGGUGCUUCCUGCGAGUUCUCAGAGUGUGACUCAGAUGAUUUCUAGAUCUGCACCUGGCUGAGGCCUCUUCUGUUUCCCAGGUCAGCCCUAAGCAAUGUGAAGUUCGCUCAGUUCAGUCAAGGCAGUGGUCAAAAAUGUAAAAGACUGUGCAUGCAGCUUCUCUGUCUCAGGUUUAUUUGUCCCUUCUUUGAUGAAAAAAAUGAGAAAGACAAAUUACCCAUCAUUCACAAACACUUGCCUGUCCCUCAGGGACAUGGCUGUGCAUGAGAGCUUGAGGAGGGCAUGCACUUUUUUUUUUAAAUGCUGCUUUGCCCAGGGCUGAUCGAAGGCCAGAGCUGCUUGGAUUGAAAGCUGCCCGCCUGUGAGUUGGGCAGGCGGGAGGUCUGUGCACCAGUAGCUGCUCUGCAGUGAAGAAGGUGCUGGAAACACCCCUCUGGUGGUGAGCACCAUGUGUGUAUGUGGGUAGUGCUGCCCCUUUUUCUGCCCAGCUUGACAGUGUAUCCUGGAGGCGUUCAGGAUUCUGAAUGUCUGCAGCCUUCCCAAUGUUAAACAUCUUUAAGAACAAAGACUCUGUAGGGAAACAGCAGAUCUUUGUGACUGUAGAAGCAUUCCUCAGUGUGCUGAGCGGUAUGAACAGAUGCUGUUCCUGCUCCCUGUUCUUGCUGUCGCUACUCUGUGGGGUUUUUUUCACUGCUUUCUUUAGAAGCAGUUGCAAAACUGUCAGCCCUGGCCUAGUGUGUGGUCAAUGAGGCGUGGUUUCUCCUUCUACUGGUCCCUUCUGUUUUGUGUCAUUUGGGCUACUCAGCAGGGAUCUUGGUGAGCCAGGAACCCCAGGGAUGGUAAAAUGGGGAACAUAAAUUUGUAACAGGGGACUCUACUGUGGCAAUACCAUUAGCUGACUGUGGGAGUGUUUGGCACCCACUGCAAUGAAUAUCUGGCUUGAUGUAUUGCUGCUUAUUGUAGGAAAGUGCCUUUUUUGGAUAAAUGGGGUGUGUUUUUUGUUUUUUUCUCUCUUUUUUUCCCCCUGUAGAGUCAACGUUCUGAGGUUUGAUAAGGAGAGAAUCAAACCAAAGCAGC